AUGUCAAGCCAAUUCACAAGCGCAACUACAGGUCACAAUCCUAAUUCAACAUACAAGAAUAGUGGUACGUCUAGAAAUCUCAUUUUUGACAAAACUAAUGCACAAACUUACAGCAACUCAAAUAUCCACGACUCCUCAAACAAGGCUGCAUUAACUGCCGGCACUAGUGGAAUUUCAAAGAAAGACGUGGAGGCCGUGAAAUCUCGAAUCAUUUCACAAUUAAAUGGAGGUUUGAUUCACAUUGAAGACUCUAAUAUAAAUAGUGGGUACGAAACUGUUUUUAAUAUCCUCGAGAAAACCGUGUUUCAACGUGAAAGACAUUCUCUUUUGCUAGUCGGACCAAGAUCUUCAGGAAAAUCGACAAUUGUGAACAAAGCAUUGGAUCGCUUAAAAAAAAAAUAUUUAAAUGAAUUUCUUGUUAUUCAUUUAAAUGCCUCGAUACACUCAGACGAUAAUACCGCCGUGAGAGAGAUCGCACGUCAGUUGGACCUUACCACAAAACGGAAAUCUGACGAGGAAGAUGUCGCUUCGAGUGCGUACAGACAUGAAUUUACUAUCGAACGAAAGUCUAUUCAUGAAACGUUUGCCAACAUUUUAAACGUGCUCAGUAUUUCAUUGGAGAACGUCGAAGAUUUGGAGAAGAAGCACACGCCCUUGAUUUUCGUUAUUGAUGAGUUUGAAAAAUUCACAUCCAAUAACAAGCAGACCCUUUUGUACAACUUACUUGACAUGUCGCAGAAUAGUGAUAUACCGAUCACAGUAAUUGGACUAACGACAAAGAUUAACGCCAGGGAUAACAUGGAGAAAAGAGUAAACAGUCGAUUCUCUCAGCGAAUUUUGACGAUUUCACCUACAAUGAAGUAUCCUGAUUUUUUACGAAACGCAAAAAGUGGACUUCUAUUAAGUGAAUCAUUUUUGGGAUUAAUGGACCUUCCAGAUUAUGGGAAAGUGUGGAAUGAAAACGUGAAAAAUAUUUUUGAAAAGGGGGAGGGAAGCCUCCUCAAUACGUUGUGCUUGAGAAACUUUAACACUACCAAAAACUAUAGGGAGAUAAACAACGUAUUUAAGGUCUUGCUAUCGGAGAUUUCGACCGAUAGACCUGUUCUUGACAACCUGGGGUUAAAUGAUAUAAUAUGGAGGUGCACUCUGAUUGGAAAUCUUCAGUCCGCUGUGUAUUCCCUUUCCGAUAGUGAGUUACUCAUGUUGGUUUCGGCAACGAAGUGGAUUGAGAAGUUCAACUCUCCAACGGUAAACUUUAACUUGGCGUUCGCCGAAUACAAGUCACUAAUGAAGGAGUCUGACCAUCUCUUAAGUGCUUCAUUCUCACUAAACAAUAUGAAAGUGAACAAGAGGCAAUGGUCAAAAAAGGCAUUGAGAAACAGCUGGGAAGUACUAUUCAAGUGCAAUUUGCUAAUUGAGCCGUUGUCUACAUCAACCACACAAAGUGCAUCGACAGAACGAAGAACGAUAAAGACUGUUAUUGUUGAUGAUAAUACAAUGUUGUUGUUGGAUAUUACUUUGGAUGAGUUGAACUUACUAGUUGCAGACGGAAGAUUGGCUAAGAAAUUUUUGCGGUUAUAG